AUGGAUCCCGCGUCGCUGAAAGUGACCGAGCUCAAGGCGGAGCUCGCCGAGCGAGGCCUGCCUACCAGCGGGCGCAAGGCAGAGCUGGUAGAGCGUUUGUCAACUGCGCUCCAAGAGUCCGCCUCCAGCCCGCCUCCCGCGGCAGUUGCGGCAACCACGGCGGCCACUGCGACCGUAAAGGAGGAGGCUCAAGAGAAUCAGCCCGUUGCGUCGACAACGAGUGAGGAGGCGGUGCCGAAACGCGAGGCGCAGGAGUCUGAUACUGCAGCAGAGUCCGAGACCGCUGGCCCUGCAACCAAACGGGUCAAGCAGGAGCCGAAUGAGACUUCCGUCAAGCAAGAGCCAACGGAGGCCAGCAUUGCUCCCAAGCAAACGGCCAAGGCCGAGCCCACGGACGGUUCUGUGCAGGGUCAUCAGGCAACCGGCGCUGACGAUGAGGAUGAGGAAGAGGAGGCCUUCCGACGCUACGAGCGUGAGGCUCAACUUGAGCGCUCGCGUAACUGUCCUUACCUCGAUACCAUCAGCCGUGCGCGCUUGGACUUUGAUUUCGAAAAGCUCUGCUCCGUCAACUUGAGCAACCAGAACGUUUAUGCCUGCCUUGUUUGCGGCAAGUACUAUCAGGGCCGAGGCAAAGGGACCAAUGCCUACAUGCACAGCCUCGAAGCUAGCCACCACGUGUUUUUGAACCUUCACACCCUGCGCUUUUACUGCUUACCCGACAACUAUGAAGUCAUCGACAACUCGCUGUCCGACAUUCAGUUUGUGCUCAAGCCAACCUUCUCAAAAGCGAUGAUGCACGCAUUGGAUCAUUCCAGCCGAUACUCGCGUGCUCUCGAUGGCACAACCUACCUGCCGGGCAUUGUUGGUUUGAACAACAUCAAGGCCAAUGACUACGUCAACGUCGUUGUGCAGACGCUGAACCGCGUACCUUCGCUGCGCAACUUUUUCCUGGACCCCGAGGCCACGCGUCGCAUGACUGAUCCAUUGAUUGUUUCAAGUAGGUUCCUUUUGGCUCUCGCUCUCGCCAAACUGAUUCGCAAGAUCAACAACCCCCGUGCUUUUAAGAGUCACGUCUCGCCACACGAGUUCUUGCAGGCGGUCAACAAUGGUUCCAAGCGUCAAUUUCGUCUGACUGAGCAAGCCGAUCCAGUGGACUUGCUGUCAUGGUUGCUGAACACCUUGCAGCGCAAGCUGAGCAAGCGCGGGUCCAACAUUGUGGCCGACACGUUUCAAGGGCGCAUGCGGGUUACAUCUCGGAAGCUGCCACCUCCUCCUGAUGUCCAGGAAGUGAGCGGCUUGCGCAUCGAUCCGAACAGCGAAGAGUAUCAAGACAAGGUGUCGGAGCAAAAAUUCUUGUUCUUGGGUCUUGACCUUCCGCCACCACCGCUGUACCAAGACGAGACGCGCCAGAACAUCAUCCCUCAGGUGCCGCUCUUUGAGCUGCUCUCCAAGUUUGAUGGUUCCACUUCAAGCGAGUACAAGACGUACAAAGAUACCAUUGUCAAGUCCUUUCGCCUGCUUGAUAUGCCGCAGUAUCUGAUUUUGCACGUCAAGCGCUUCACGAAAAAUGCCUUUUUUGUGGAGAAGAAUCCGACCAUCGUCAACUUUCCCGUCAAGGACAUUGAUUUUGCUGGCCUGGUUGCCGAGGAGUUUCGGGACAGCUCCAAGACUUACAAGUAUGAUCUUCUGUGCAACAUUGUCCAUGACGGGUUGCCUGGUGCUGGCAAGGGCACCUAUCGCGCACAUUUGUAUCACAAGGGCUGUAAGAAGUGGUUUGAGGUGCAGGAUUUGCACGUUGCCGAUGUGUUGCCGGAAAUGAUCACGUUGUCCGAGUCGUACAUUCAAGUAUGUGUCUUCAACUAG